AUGGAUGGUACUACGGUGGCUACCCAGUACUAUCAGAGAUACAAGCGUGACAAUGACAAGGAGGUGCGCAGAACCACGGCGCGAGGUCUUGGAAGUCUCUUGGACCUCGAGGGCGACAUCAACUGCGAUGAAGGGAAUGUGGCACCUGGUCUCGUCCUGAGCAAGAUCAGCUUCAGCCAGGGCCUGAUCGUCGGAAACUGCGUGGUCGGAGCCGUCGAUGCCGACUCCAAAACGGCCCCGAAGACCGUGGAUCUGAGCUUCCAGAUUCAGAACAGUCUCUACAAGAAGUGCUUGGUCAUAGGUCCUUGUGGCGCCGGUGCUGACAUUGCAGUUCCUUGCAUCCAGAGCGGGCUCCAGGCCUGCGAUGGAGGUCCAGCUCAGUCCUUUGUUCGGGGGCCACUCGUCGAAUCCGAUGUAAAUGGGUAUCGGGAAAUGUACAAGCUGCGGAACGGCGGGAAGAACGUGGAGCUUGCAUUUCAGAGCACAGAGUGGAGUACAGUAGCAUGGCAGCUGCCCGACAGCGGCCUUUACGAGAACCGCUUUGGGAUCAAGGAGGAAAGAGUUGGCAGCUCUGUGCAAGCGAACUGGGUGUCUCUUCAGGCCACCAGCGGCGGAGGAGACAUCCGCGGUUCCAGAGAGUCCUUUCCAUAUUUCAACUCCAAACCGGCCAACUCGGGUGACGCCUUUGUGUGGACGAUGUCUACGACACUGUCAGACACAGAAUUCGAACUGGAUUGCGGAGCUGGGUUCGUGAUCCAACAGUUCUUGAAGCUCCAAACUCAGGUUCGAUACUCUUGUGUUCGCCUGGCGAGCCUCGGUGCUUGCGCUGAGCAAACCUCCGUUCAACAGAUCAUUGGCAACACUGCUGCCCGGAUUGACAUGGAUUGCGGCAGUGAUCGUAGCAUUCAAGCGAUCUUCGGAGAGUACGAUGCUGCUGGAAAGUGGGCUCGCUUCCGCUUUCGUUGCUGUCAAAUCGCGGCCAACCCGAUCCUUUUUCGGAGAACCUCUGACGAGUGGGAAGAUUCGGAGCUCACAGAGGGGGAGCUCGGCAUCUACGCACCGGUUGGAAUUGAUGACUUUGGCCGACCACAGUUUGACAUGGAGCUGAGCUUCUGCAAGUCCUGCGGCUUUCGAACGGACUACAAGUUCAAGCAUAAUGCUGACGAGGGUGAGUGGUGCGUUUCUCGAAGGAGGGCUGCAUCUACCUGUGUCUCCAGCGACUUGGUCCAUCCGCUGGAUGAACAGCUCGGCGGAAACAGCUGGCAGGCCGUCCCGGUAGACAGCUUCGAUGCAAGCUCUCAAGGUGGCGGAGGAGCACGCCUUCCCAGAAGGUACACAGCGAAGCGGGCUCCACCGCAAUUGCGCUUCGAGUCGGAGGACCCACAGUUUGCACCCGAAUGCAAAGACGAGAGCACUCCCGGCACUUCCACGUUUUCACAAGAAGAGAUGAACCAGGUAGCAGAGGAGCUGACAACAUCCAACCCUGAUAACCCUUGUGCAAAUAUCUUCAGCACGCCGAAGACGAAGAAGCAAAGCACCGGAACAGAGUUCUUGGAUAAGACCAUCGCGGGAUUGCAAGCCCGACCCGACGUAUCGACAUUCUUCCCUCAAGAGAACGACAUAGAGGAGGAGGGAGAGGGCAGCUCCUGGUAUGAGUGGAAUCUUAAAGACGUGGACCAGCCUGGAGAGAGUGGCAUUACUUACAAGAACACCAAGGGAUGCGACGAUCGCCAGGGUGAGCGUGAUAAAGUCGUGGAAGCAUGGGAGGAGGAACACGAGAGGAGAGCUGCAUACUCCACCCUCGUGGCGGAGAAUCUCAUUCCAUGGUUGGAAGCAAAUCCGCGUGUCCAGGUAUCCUUUUUCGGCAACGGCUUUGAGAUCCCCGUGGGUGAGAUCCUCACGAUUCCUGUCAAG